UGCACGCCCACGGCAAAUAAACCCCAUCGACUGUAAUCCUCGCUGUGCGGCGCCGAGUCCUGGGUGUUUUCUGUCCUAAUAUAAGUUUUGUUUCGAGCACGGCGCGGGAAUGGACAACUCUGGGAAGGAGAAGGAAGCCGUUCAGCUAAUGGCCGACGCCGACAAGAAAGUCAAGUCGUCCGGCUCUUUUUUGGGAGGGAUGUUCGGAGGAGGACAUCACAAAGUAGAAGAGGCAUGUGAGAUGUACUGCAGAGCGGCCAACAUGUUCAAGAUGGCCAAGAACUGGAGUGCUGCUGGAAGCGCGUUUUGCAAAGCGGCACGUCUCCAUAUGCAGCUACAGAACAAACAUGACUGUGCCACCAGUUUCAUUGAUGCAGGAAAUGCCUACAAGAAGUCUGACCCUAAUGAGGCAAUCAAGUGUUUAAAUGCAGCCAUCGAUAUAUAUACAGACAUGGGAAGAUUUACCAUCGCUGCCAAACACCACAUCAGUAUCGCAGAGAUCUACGAGUCUGAGCUAGUGGAUAUCGAAAAGGCCAUAGCACAUUAUGAACAGGCAGCAGAUUACUACAAAGGAGAAGAAUCAAACAGUUCUGCCAACAAGUGUCUGCUGAAAGUGGGAGCUUACUGUGCUCAACUGGAGCAGUACCAGAAGGCUAUAGAGAUCUACGAACAGGUUGGAGCCAACACGAUGGACAACCCCCUGCUGAAGUACAGCGCCAAAGAGUAUUUCUUCAAAGCCUCUCUCUGUCAUUUCAUUGUCGACGAGCUCAACGCUAAGAUUGCUGUAGAAAAAUAUGAGGAAAUGUUCCCGGCGUUUUCAGACUCCAGAGAAUGCAAACUGUUGAAGAAACUUCUUGAGGCUCAUGAGGAACAGAACAGCGAGGCUUUCACAGAAGCAGUAAAGGAGUUUGACUCAAUCUCACGCCUGGACCAGUGGCACACAACCCUCCUGCUGCGCAUCAAAAAGACCAUUCAGGGAGAUGAAGGAGAUCUGAAAUAAAAGGAAAGCCGGGCCACGUACGCAGCAUGGAGGGACAAGACCAUUGCGCAUGCUUUUUCCAAACACGCACCCACCUCACUGUGUAUAGCUCUCGGGGAGGACUGUCUGCUGGUGACUUCGAAUAUCCUGCUCACUGCUGUUCUGUCACAGUACGAUCUUUGCUUCCCUCCAAACACAUCUGAAGCUGGUCAGAAUGUAAAUCCUCCCGCCCUCACCUCUGUCUAGAGGAUUGCUGCAAACCCUCUUUCUGCCGGAAUCCCUGCAAGGGGGGUUUUAAAGCUGUAUAAUGAAAUAAACAAGCUCUGCAUGUUUUGUACAGUUGUUUCCUAGUCAGAUGCAGCUUGUUUUUUUUUUUUUUUAGCUUGUUAACUCUAUUUAAAAUAGUUUAGCUUCAGUUUGUUGUACAGAAGACUAUCAUAGCGUGUAUGUGUUCUAUGUGCUUUUAUUUGUUUGUAGUCAUUACCAUCCUUUUUUUUUUUUUUGUCCCUCCAGUCAGACGAGUGUCCUUUUGGCAUCUUGGCCAAUGAUAUGCACCAUGUGGAGACUGUUAAACAUUUGCACCUACUCACAACCCACAUGAUCAACACAUAGUUAGGAUUUUCUUACGUUGAUGGUUAUUGCUUAGAAUCAGUUGUAAUGUAAUACCUCUGAUGCUGUAAUUUUGAAUGAUCUUUUGAAGCACUGACAUGGAAAACCCAACAUCAUCAGUCACUCAUCUCGUGCCGUGCCGUGUCGUAAACAUCUCAUUGAAGGUUUGCCGCUGCAGCGAACCUUCCAAAUGGCCAGUUGCUAAGCAUGUCAUUGAAUAUAGUUUAGUGUUGCUUUAUUCACUGUUGUCAUCCAGACCAAAGUUUUUACCAAGAAGGCCAGUUACUCCAGGUAUCCAGCUUCUUCCAGGUGGAACAGCAAUGGACCUUUAUUUGUAUGCUUGUGCAAAAGGACAAUAAUAAAGGUAUUAUAUUCCA